CAGAGACUGCAGACAUAGUACAGGAGAUGACCAGAGACUGCAGACAUAGUACAGGAGUUGACCAGAGACUGCAGACAUAGUACGGGAGAUGGUCAGAGAUUGCAGACAUGGUACGGGAGAUAGUCAGAGACUGCAGACACGGUACGGGAGAUGACCAGAGACUGCGGACACGGUACGGGAGAUGACCAGAGACUGCGGACACGGUACGGGAGAUGGUCAGAGACUGCGGACAUGGUACAGGAGAUGGUCAGAGACUGCAGACAUAGUACAGGGGAUGGUCAGAGACUGCAGACACCAUCCAAGGUCCAG